AUGGUUAAAGUAUGGAAACUGGGAUUGAUGAGUUACGACACUGCGUUCAAAAUUCAAAUGGCGCUGGCUAGGAAGCACUUGGAUGCUGUAAUGAAGGGUCAAGACUCCACUUGCGACACUCUAUUGCUUGUGGAACAUAAACCAGUCUUCACUGUCGGAAUCAGAGAUGACACCUCGAAAAAUGAAAUUAUGCGGCUCCGUGCUCUUGGAGCUGAGUUUAGGAAAACCAACCGAGGUGGUCUAAUCACAUUUCAUGGACCUGGCCAGUUGGUUGCUUACCCAGUGAUAAACUUAAAGCAUUUCAAGACAAGCGUCAAAUGGUAUGUGACCAGCUUGGAGGAGACUGUCAUCAAUGUGUGUGAUGAGUUAGGUAUAAAAGGCACAAGGUCCCCAUACACUGGAGUGUGGGUAGAUGACAAUAAAAUAGCUGCUAUAGGCAUACAUGCGUCCAGGUAUGUCACUACCCAUGGAAUCUCACUCAACUGCGACAAUGAUCUGUCAUGGUUCAACAAUAUUGACCCUUGUGGCAUUGAAGAUAAGGGUGUCACCUCACUCACCAAAGAAUCUGGUGUUGAAUGCUCAGUAGAGAAAGUUACACCCAUUUUCCUAAAAUGCUUUAACAAAGUCUUCGGCUGUGAAACUGAAGAAAUUGAUUUCAAAACUCAAGAGGAAAUACUAAACAGUGUUUAUAACAAACUAAUGAUACAAACAGCCAGUUCUUAA